AUGAGAUAUAAUAGCAUUUUUUUUUUCUUAAUAUUCAAAAGAAUAAUCUAUUUAAGUAAUUUUAACAAUAUUUUAGGCAAUUGUUGUCCGACAGAAUGUUUAUAGUGCAAUGGAAAUAGUUCAUAUUGCCUAAUUUGUGCUUCAGGCUAUUAUUUAAGCAGUAAUAUUUGCUAUUAAUGUACAAAACCUUGUGCAGAUUGUUCAAUUAAUGGAAUCAAUUGUAGUAUAGCAGACUUCUUAAAUUUGAUGUUAAAAUAAUUACAAAUUCUGAUAUCCAAAAACUAAUGGUACUUGUAUUGA